CAAACGGCAGCGGCGGCAGCAAGAGAGGCAGAGAGCGCGAGCGAGCGAUGCACCGGCCGUUCUGCCCCCUCACCGCCAUGUCCUCCUCCUCCUCCUCCCUCUCCUUCGAACCCAAACGAAACCCUAACCCUGGUCCUAAUUCUUCAAACCAUAUUCCCAAUUCGAGCUGCCUGCUGCCGUGCAAGCACUCGUCGUCGGCGACCCUCGACCUUCUUAUCCUCGUCCUCGUCCUCUUCUCCUGCGCUUUUCUCAUCAUUUCUUCCGUCGUUCCCCUCUUCCGCGCUCUCUCCCUCCUCCUCUUCCCACUCCUCCGCCCCCUUGCCGACUCCUUCCACGCCGCCCCCCUCCCCUAUCUCGCCGCCCUCUUCCUCCUCGUCCUCCUCGCCACCCCCGCCGUCGCCGCUGUCGAGCCCUCCCGCUGCGCCCGCCCCUGGUGGCCCUUCUGGCCCCGCCGCCGCUGCGGCAACCCCCGCUGCCGCGGCCUCCUGAAGGCCCUCGAGUUCGACCUCCAGUUCCAGACCGAGGAGGCCCUCCGCUCCCCUCCCGCUGCUGCCGCCGCCGCUGCCUUGUGGAAGGAGAUCGAUGGCCUCCCUUGGAAGGGAGGGCAGCAGGGGAACAAUCCUGACUACGAAUGCCUCCGCGCCGAGCUCCGGCGGUUGGCUCCACCCAACGGCCGCGCCGUGCUGCUCUUCCGCUCCCGAUGUGGGUGCCCCAUCGCCAAGCUCGAGGCCUGGGGCCCCAAGCGGGGCCGCCGCCACAAAAAGGGCAUGGCGACUUUGGCACUUGAGGGUGGAAAAAGCGGAGGCAGCUUUUUUAGGUUCUCAUCUUGUCAAUACCUGUUGACGUGAAUGACAAGAGCGUAGGACCUUGCUGGGACCUUGGCUGACAGGUCACUUUCAUGGGAGGCUGGUUUCUGUGGGAUGCAUGGCAUUGAGGGAGAGAAUUCUGUGUGUUGUCAAAUUGUUCGCAUUCCUCAUUCACUAACAAGUCUUGAUUAAUCCCUUUCUCUUCUAGUUUGCAGUGGGGCCUUUGGUCAUAAAAUUGGAUUGAGGUUGUGAGAUAAAAUUAAGAUGUGGUUGGCUUAGAAGAGAACAUUGGAAGGUAAUUUACAUAGAUCCAGUAAGUGGUGGGUUCUCGUUUAUUUUGCUGCAGCAUCCUGUGUGGCUUCCUAAGGUGGGGGAGGGUACAUUCUGUGGGGGGUUUAAUGCAAGCUUUCUUUGGACUGAUCCUGAUGCUCUGGUAGAAUGCGGCCAUUUUAACUUGUAGAAAAGAUUCGGCAAAAGAUUAAAAUGGUGCUGUCAAAUUUUCAUGUUUUGAAAUGUCUGCCAGUGAUAAUGUUGUUGUAGCUAUGGUGAUAUUUUUUUUUUUUGUUAAAAACUAUGGUGAUAGUUUGAGGUGCACCUGUUGCACUAUAAAGUAAGCUGUUAUUUAGCUGUCAUCUUGUUUUAGUAGCCUUCAUGUAUUGGAACUGCUAUUCCAAUGUUUGUUUAAUUAAAAAUAUAUAUUAAAUUC